GAAGUGCUGCCGACUCUUCCCACUAGCUUAUCUCCUGUUUUUAGCACCGUUAGCUGUUGCUGCAAAUUAGUUGAUAAACCCUGUCAGACUCACACCACCUCGACGACGCUAAGAAAUAUUUUGAGCGGACAUCUAAAUAUGUGUAUUAUUUUAGCGUGAUGAUAUUUUGUUUCGCUGAACAUGUGGAAUAAGAUGUUUUGGGUAAUAAGGAACUACUUAGCUGCCAGUAUAUGCAGUGGCGGCUGUCAUCGCACCUAGCUGGUUAGCUUAGCCGCAUAGGUGAGCUUGCGGCCGUUCCUCCGGGCUAACUGACUUGACUGUUAAGUCAGCAAGCAGUCGCUGCUUGAGAGUGUGGAGUGCACUGUAAUACAUUCCACAUUCUACUACUAAAACACUAUUAAACAACGUUGGGUCCUGACUGCUCUUAGGAAGACAAUGCCUUAGCCAGUAAACGUUGGUCGACCUUGUGGAUAUUUUGAGACCCAUUUAGUCGGCGAGCAUUUAGCUCGAAACCAGUUAGCUGUUGUCAUUCAGUUAGUUAAACAAGCUACCUCAUUAGCCAGCAGCUCAGCCUCCAUUAUAAGAAGCUUUUAUACUUCUGGAUAUUGGCAUUACUACUUUGGAUAACAUCGUGUGGGAAUGAAGAAAUUUUUUGACUCACGUCGGGAGCUGGUGAGCUCGGGGCCUGGCUCAGGAGCCGGCGGAGGAAGCAUUGGUUCGGGCGGCGGUGGCAGCUUUAUCGGCCGGAUCUUUACUAUUGGACGACAUCAAGUGACCAUCGAAGAAAUAGUGGCUGAAGGAGGUUUUGCCAUUGUUUUUUUGGUACGAACUAAUCAGGGUCAACGGUGUGCUCUAAAACGGAUGUAUGUUAACAAUGAGCAUGAUCUACAAAUCUGCAAACUUGAGAUACAGAUUAUGAGGGACCUAGUGGGCCACAAAAACAUAGUUGGCUUCCUGGAUUCCGGCAUAGCUUCAGUUGGAGCUGGUGAUGUAUGGGAAGUCCUAAUCUUAAUGGACUUCUGUCGAGGUGGACAGGUGGUCAACCUGAUGAACCAGCGAUUGCAGACAGGCUUCACAGAGGCAGAAGUGUUGCACAUUUUUUGUGACACGUGUGAAGCUGUUGCCUGUCUGCACCAGUGCAAGACUCCAAUCAUUCAUAGAGACCUCAAGGUGGAAAACAUUCUUCUGCAUGACCAGGGACACUAUGUACUGUGUGACUUCGGAAGUGCCACCAACUGCUUCCAAAACCCGCAGACAGAGGGUGUGCCUGUCAUAGAGGAGGAAAUUAAAAAGUACACCACUCUGUCUUAUCGUGCACCAGAGAUGGUCAACCUCUAUGCUGGGAAGGUCAUCACAACCAAGGCAGAUAUUUGGGCUAUGGGUUGCCUACUCUAUAAACUAUGCUACUUCACGCUUCCUUUUGGGGAGAGCCAAGUUGCUAUCUGUGAUGGCAGUUUUACUAUCCCAGACAACUCACGCUACUCCCAAGACAUGCACUGUCUCAUCAGAUAUAUGCUGGAGCCUGACCCAGACAUGAGGCCAGACAUCUAUCAAGUGUCUUACUUUGCCUUUAAACUGAAUCGACGAGAGUGUCCAGUUCCAAAUGUACAUAGUUCCGCCAUUCCUGCAAAACUUCCCGAGCCUAUCAAAGCCAGUGAAGCAGUGGCUAAAAAGAGUCAAACCAAAGCCAGGCUCACAGACCCCAUUCCUACCACCGAAACCUCAAUAGCACCUCGACAAAGGCCGAAGGCUGGCCAGACUCAGCCACAGCCUAUAUCAGGCAUACUUCCCAUACAAGCAGCUCUGACGCCACGCAAGAGGCCAAACAUAGCUGCUGGAUCAGCCCAGCCUAUAGUAGGAGUCAAUGUCCCACCUUUAGCUCCAGCUGCUGCCGUUCAACCUGCCAUCAACAUUCAGCCUCAGGUUACACCGCAGCCUCAGCAGCUACUCAUCAAACAGCAGCAGGCCUCUACCUUCCUAAACCCACAGAAUAACCAACAGCAGCAACAUGAGGUGCAUGAAAGUCCAGCUGUCCAUUUGACCCCCAUCCCUGAGUGUGCCGCCAUUGGGCCAGCUGAUGACACAGAAGUGACGGCAGGACGAGGGCUUCAAAAAGUAGGCUCUUUAACACCCCCCUCAUCACCAAAGAUAGCGCCCAAGAGUGGACACAGACGCAUUUUGAGCGACGUUACUCACAGUGCCAUCUUUGGGGUCCCGGUGAGCAAGUCCACCCAGCUACUUCAGGCAGCCGCAGCUGAGGCCAGCCUCAACAAGUCCAAAUCAGCAAGCACUACUCCUUCUGGCUCCCCAUGCUCAUCCCAGCAGACUGUAUAUCACCCGGCUGACACUGACACCCAAUCUGCCCGUAUUACAACUAAUGCUCAGCCCAGCUGGAACCCCUUCGGUGAUGAUAACUUCUCCAAGCUAACAGCUGAGGAGCUGCUGAACAAAGACUUUGCAAAACUAGCUGAAACUGCUGGACCAGAGGAGAAGGUCAUGGGUGAUAAUCUCAUUCAUGGAUUCAAUUCAUUUACAGACUCUUCUUUCCUCAUGUUACAAGGAGAGAAAGCCAAUAACGACGAGUUUGACCCUAUUCCCGUACUCAUCUCCAAAAACUCAAAUGACGAUGUGCAAGUGGAAAGAAAUGGCUACUAUGUGCUUGGCAAGGAACACAACAAUGAAACUCUAGCAAGCGAGGCAUGUAGUCACUCAAGUGAUGAAGAGCAGGAAAAAGAAGCCCGCAAAGAAGAGCAGCCGAAUUUCGGGGAAGUCACAGAAGGUCGCACAUCGGCCCACGACUGCAGUGGCUCCAGACCGCUGCUGAUUGACUCAGAGGAGGAGGAAGAACAAGGAUGCACGCCAAGUCUCCACUCAUCACCAGAAUCCAGUGUGGCAUGUUCUCAGCCAUCUGAUACUACCUUCCAUCUACAUGCACAGAAUCAGUCCCAGCUUGAUCCCGAGCCAAGUAAGGGCCCAGAGGGUGCUGCAGACAUCUUCUUGAAAGCUCCUUUUCGCCUCACACAUCAAGAAGCAGGUGACGUCUUCGCCAAUGCGCCAUUUCCAUGCGGCCCGCUCACCGCCCAGCACCAGGUGGACGUGUUCUCCCAGGCUCCCUUUGCAAGAAGAAAGGAGGCUGCAGCACCUCCCUACCCUCGUGGGGCAGCUAUGGCCCCUGAACAAGGUGUGUUGGGACAGAUCACCCCACAGCUCUUCCACCCACAAGCUCUUGCCAAAUAUUCCCGACACUUUGAGGGACAGGUGACCCCGCAGCACAUGGCAGGUCACCAAGGGGGAUUUAAUGUGAGCAAUCAAGCAGCUGUACAUGCUGUAGACCCUUUUGUUAGUGCACCCUUUCACCUAAAAGCGCCACAAGAAAAGCCCUGAUGACACCAGCGCUGCAGCUAGACUGCAGGCCUUCACCAAACUCCUUCCUUAAGCAACAUUAUAGUAUGCAAUACUUCUACCUUGAAACAACAGCUUCAAAGUUUCUUGGGUGAUGCAAUGACACGUAAUAGGGGAAAUGUCCUCGCAUUGCCUAAAAUGAGCAAAGGAAGGUGGCGUGCAUGUAAGCAGUACAAACCUACCCGAUUGUUUUUGUGCUUAAACCUGAGCAGACCUUAACCAUACCGCUGAAUCGUCACAUCAAAUGCUUAUGGUUUCCGACAGUGCUUUGUAAGAAAGAACUAUGUAAAUCCGAGCUGUUUACAUUUGCUCAGUAUCAGCAAGUAGGCAAGUGUCAUUUAGGGUUGUUCAACUGUAUGGGACCGCUGCUCCUCAGAAAACCAAAAUGACACUUUGUUACCUUUUUUUUUUUUCUUUCCACAAUCCCACUUUGUUGACACAAUUCCUGAAAUGAUGCAAGUAUCCUAGAGUGCAUUUAGGUCAGCAUAGGCUACUGUUUUUUUCUUGUACCUGUUCUGUUGCUUUAAUAAUUUCCAAUUAAUUGUGACUUCAUUUUUAGUUCCCAGUCCUGUUGGUACAGACAUCUCUACAAAGACAACAUGGCGAUCAAGCAUUUGAUUGUUUUCUUGCCUACCUCACUUUUGGCAUUUGUCCUUGUUCAAAUUUAAGUAGACCAUGUUUAGCUGUGUUUUGAGAAGUCUUGUGUUUAUUAUGGUUUGAGUCAAUGACCCUUCUCGGGUGAAAAUGGAACAUACAAUAUGUAUGUGUCCAUUUCAUGCGGUGAAAGACGUUUGUGGAACAGACUACAUUAUGUAAUCAAGCAUACUGGACACUAUUCCUUAUUCUCUUCUCAUACAUGAAGCAACCUAUAACAUGUUUCUCCAAAAACUGCAACCUUUUUUUAAUACACAUUCAGCACCAAGUACAAUUAUGUUUGCAAUUUGCAUCAUGCACAACAACCCACAUUCACCUCUGGAAAAGCACGUACUGUAGGCACCUCUGUAAUCUUCCAAGUAUGCACUGACAACACCUGCAAUUUAAUAAUGCUUGUCAUUUGUCAUCAUAAAUAUGAGCACUUAUUCAGUCAGGGAUUGACAUACUGUUGUAAUAAAGAUUGGUGGCCUAUUAAUUACAUUCCUUUAGUAAAUAUUUUAUUCUGCUCUAUAAAAUCAUGGAGCACUUUUUUGUGUUUUCAACCUGGCACUUUUAAGAAACACCAUCCAAACUGGUUAUGACCAAAGUGUAAUGUAAAAUGCUGUUUUCAUUUCUACUUGAAUCGACUUAUUUUUAAUGCUCCAUUUUCUCACAUGGCACGUCUAAGUGAAUGUUCUGUAAGAAUGUGCUUUGAAUGUAACACAACUGGAAAAUAUUUUGUCCUGUGUUAGAUGGAAUGGACAAUUGAACUUCUGACUUGCUGUUGGAUGAAAAGCACUCAAAAUACUGCACAGCUUGCCUUUGAUAUGUGUUGCUUACAUUCUGAAAAAUAUUAAAUGAAUGUAUAUCAUUCAUUGUUCAUGUUAUUUGUGAAACACUGAAAUACAGUUGUGGUCAAAUGUUUACAUACACUUGUAAAGAACAUAAUGUCAUGGCUCUCGCGUUUCCACUUAUUUGUACAACUCUGAUUUUUCUCUGAUAGUGAUUGGAACAGAUAGUUCGUCACAAAAACAUUCCUGAAGUUUGGUUCUUUUAUGACUGUUAUGGGUCAACUGAAAAUUUGGCCAAAUCUACUGGGUCAAAAAUAUACAUAGGUACAUAUACAUACAUGCUAAUAUUUGGAUACAUGUCACUUGGCCAUUUUCACUUCAGUUGGGUGCUUUUGGUAGCCAUCCAUAAGCUUUUGGCCACUCCUCUUGACAGAAUUGGUGCAGUUCAGUUAAAUUUGCUGGCUUUCUGACAUGGACUUGUUUCUUCAGCAUUGUCCACAUGUUCUCAAUGGGGUUGAAGUCAGGGCUUAGGGAAGGCCAUUCUAAAACCUUAAUUCUAGCCUGAUUUAGCCAUUCCAUUACCACUUUUGAUGUGUGUGGGGGGGGUCAUUGUCCUGUUGGAACACUCUACUACACCCAAGACUCAACCUUCGGGCUGAUGAUUUUAGGUCAUCUUGAAGAAUUUGAAGGUAAUCGUCCUCAUUAUCCCAUUUACUCUCUGUGAAGCCCCACAGCAUAAUUUUACCACCACCGUGCUUGACGGUAGGCAUGGUGUUCUUGGGGUUAAAGGCCUCACCUUUUCUCCUCUAAACAUAUUGCUGGGCAUUGUGGCCAAACGGCUUGAUAUUUUUUUCAUCUGACCACAGAAGUUUCCUCCAGAAGGUCUUAUAUUUGUUCAUGUGAUCAGCAGCAAACUUCAGUAGAGCCAGAAGGUGCCGCUUUUGGAGCAAGGGCUUCCUUCUUGUACUGCAGCCUCUCAGUCCAUGGCGAUGCAAAACACGCUUGACUGGACACUGACAACUGUAUUCCAGCAGCUUCUAAUUCUUGGUAGAGCCAUUUUUUGGUGGUUCUCGGUUAACUCUUCACCCUUCUCACCCUUUUCUCUCAGCAGCAGGUGAUAGCUUGCAUUUUCUGACAAAACAGUGCCAGGCACUUAAUACUUAAUUGUUUGCACGGUUGCUCUUGGGACCUGCAGCUGCUUUGAAAUGGAUCCAAGUGACUUUCCUGACUUGUUCCAAUCCAUGAUUCGCUUUUUCAGAUCCAUGCUGAGUUCCUUUGACUCUUCCCUUGUAGAGUUUGUGAGUGUGUGUAUCCAAUGAGCCCUAUUUAGAGAAGUCACCAGCUCACAAAAAGUUAAGAGGCCAUGUU